AUGGAAAGAAAUAAUAAGAAGGUAAUUUUUACAAGAAUUCUAAUAGUUAUACUACUAGCAUGGAUAUAUCCAUAUUUUAACAAAGAGAGAGUACUGGGAACAUAUUUAGAUAAUACAUACAAUAAUAACAAAACGUCUGAUAUAGGAAAUGAGCGCUCAUUAGCAAAAAAUGAAUUCCCCAAAAAACGGGAAAAUAAAGACUUAACAGGACCUCUUUCAUUUCAAAAGGAAAAUGUUAUAUUAAAAAAUAAAUCAGAUAAUAUAACAAUGAAUAGAAAGAUUGAAGGAUGUAGAAUAAAUGGAAAUACUUUUAGCAACAAAAAAUCAAAAGCACCUCUAUCUGAUCAUAAUGGAAAUAUGAUAUUAAAAAAUGAGGCACGAAAUAUAGAAUUAAAUAAAAAAGUUGAAGGAUGUAGAAAGAAUAACAUUCCUCAUAAUGACAAAGGAUUAAAAGGAUUCCUAUAUUAUAAUAAGGACAAUGCAGAAUUAAAAAAUGAGGCAGUAGAUAUACCAUUAAAUAAAAAAGAUGAACGAUGUAGAGUAAACAACAUUUCUUGUCAUAACAAAAACUUAGAAGCAACUUUAUCAUGUAAUAGGGAAGAUAUAAUGUUAAAGAACAACUCAAAAAAUAUAUCAACAAGUAAGGAAGUAGAGAAAUAUGCAAAAAGUAGCCUUCUUUGUGAUAACAAAUGCUUGAAUGAAACAAAAACAAAAUAUAAAAUAUUAAAAGAGAUUGAUUAUUACUUUGAAAAAAAAAUAUUUAUCCAACUUGAAAAAUUAUAUAAGCAUCAAGAACAUGAUAAUAUUACGAUUCAAAAUUCAAAAAAAAGAUUAUAUAGAAUGAAAUGCAUAUGUAGUUUUUUAGCCCCUGUUAUUCUUAUAGUUGGAGCAAUAAAUUAUAUAUUUUUUGGACCCAAUCCAGGAAGUGCUGGAGGUCAGGAAACAAUGGGUCGUGUUGACCCUUUAUAUGCUAUACCAUGCAUUGCGGUACUCGUUAUUUAUUUAGCAAUAGUUAUUUAUAUUAUUAUAAAAGCUGUAAAAUAUAAAAGGUUAAAAAUCACAAUGAGAAAAAUAAAAUAA